AUGGAGAAGAUUAGGAUGCCGACGUGUAAAUAUGACGGCAAGACGGACCCGGAAGAUCAUAUCUCGGCCUAUGAGGGACACAUGUUGCUGUACACCGAUACUGACUCAGUCUGGUGUAAGGUGUUCCCCUCUACGCUAGUUGGGCUUGGCCUGACAUGGUUUAAGAGCAUACCACCGGCAACGGUCUUCAAUUUCCGCCAGCUCACAUCCAUGUUUGUCACGCAUUUUGUCAAUAACAAAUGCCGGGAGAAGCCUACCGGCGAGCUGAUGUCAAUCAAGCAGGGUGAAAAGGAAAGUCUAAGGGACUAUGUAGGGCGUUUCAAUGCAAGAGCCGUCACUAUCCCCACCCUGCAACAUGAAGUAGUAGUCUUAGCCCUCAUGACGGGUUUAAAGGAGGGAACCCCCUUCAGGAGCUAUUUGGGUCGUAAAAAGCUGACAAGCCUAACGGAGGUCUUAGGCAAGGCAAAUGACUUCAUCCAAGGGGAGGAGUUUGACAAAGCAGCAAACGCUAAAAGGCCGACAUCAGAGGAAAAAGAUAAGGAGAAAGAACGCAAAGACGAUAAGUACCGGAAGGACAUAAAGCCAGAUAACUCCAGUAGGAGGGAGGAAAAUAAUUCCGUGAAGAAAGGCCACGAAGGGCGAGCUGAUAAGUACCGCAACUACACUUUAACAAUAUCCCCGGCUCAGAUAUAUGAAUUGCACAGUAAGGAUGACAAGUGGCAAAGACCCAGAAAGAUGUAUUAUAAGGGUCGGGAUAAGUCAAAAUGA